GGUCUGUUCUUUUCCCCGAGUGCUCAAAGUUAUGGCCUUCUGUCUAGAAAGAUCUCCCAUUUUGGGGAGGAGUGUUGUUCACUAGUGCUUUCCGAAUCCUCUUAACCAGGUAAUCUCAUAACCCAUCUGCCUUAUAGGCUAUCGGCUAUUACCCAUCAGCCACCUCCCAGUCCCAGCCUACACCAAUAUGUCAUGUCUUUAGCCUCUUCAGAGCAGCUAAAGAAAAGGUGAGUGUCAAACAGUACUAUUUACACCAUAACAACAGCUGUAUAAUGAUGAUAUACAUUAGUCCGUAAUUGUUGUAGGUUCUCUCUCUCCCUUCCUCUUCACUCGUGUAGCACAUAUUGGACUGUGUGGGUUGAUAAGUCUAUGCAUUAUAACAUCUCUCUCCAUCAUCCCCCCUCUAUCUGUUCCCUCUCUCUCCAUCUCCCCCCUCUAUCUGUCUGUCUCCCCCCCCCCCCUCCCCCCCAGACCAUGCUAAUCUCUCCUCUAGCAGACAGGAACCAGAAGGAGUUGUGUUCAGUGUUGAGUGAUGUGUUGGAGGAGCAGUCUCACAGGGAACUGUUUGCCUUAGAGCUUGGCUCUGGCACCGGACAGCAUGUGGUCAACUUCGCCAUGGCCAUGCCCUUCAUCACCUGGCAACCGUCAGACAUCAAAGAGGAGUCCCGUGACAGGUGGGGCCUGCUAGGACCAAAUAUAGUAUAUAUACAGUGGGGGAAAAAAGUAUUUAGUCAGCCACCAAUUGUGCAAGUUCUCCCACUUAAAAAGAUGAGAGAGGCCUGUAAUUUUCAUCAUAGGUACACGUAAACUAUGACAGACAAAUUGAGAAAAUCACAUUGUAGGAUUUUUAAUGAAUUUAUUUGCAAAUUAUGGUGGAAAAUAAGUAUUUGGUCACCUACAAACAAGCAAGAUUUCUGGCUCUCACAGACCUGUAACUUCUUCUUUAAGAGGCUCCUCUGUCCUCCACUCGUUACCUGUAUUAAUGGCACCUGUUUGAACUUGUUAUCAGUAUAAAAGACACCUGUCCACAACCUCAAACAGUCACACUCCAAACUCCACUAUGGCCAAGACCAAAGAGCUGUCAAAGGACACCAGAAACAAAAUUGUAGACCUGCACCAGGCUGGGAAGACUGAAUCUGCAAUAGAUAAGCAGCUUGGUUUGAAGAAAUCAACUGUGGGAGCAAUUAUUAGGAAAUGGAAAACAUACAAGACCACUGAUAAUCUCCCUCGAUCUGGGGCUCCACGCAAGAUCUCACCCCGUGGGGUCAAAAUGAUCACAAGAACGGUGAGCAAAAAUCCCAGAACCACACGGGGGGACCUAGUGAAUGACCGGCAGAGAGCUGGGACCAAAGUAACAAAGCCUACCAUCAGUAACACACUACGCCGCCAGGGACUCAAAUCCUGCAGUGCCAGACGUGUCCACCUGCUUAAGCCAGUACAUGUUCAGGCCCGUCUGAAGUUUGCUAGAGUGCAUUUGGAUGAUCCAGAAGAGGAUUGGGAGAAUGUCAUAUGGUCAGAUGAAACCAAAAUAGAACUUUUUGGUAAAAACUCAACUCGUCGUGUUUGGAGGACAAAGAAUGCUGAGUUGCAUCCAAAGAACACCAUACCUACUGUGAAGCAUGGGGGUGGAAACAUCAUGCUUUGGGGCUGUUUUUCUGCAAAGGGACCAGGACGACUGAUCCGUGUAAAGGAAAGAAUGAAUGGGGCCAUGUAUCGUGAGAUUUUGAGUGAAAACCUCCUUCCAUCAGCAAGGGCAUUGAAGAUGAAACGUGGCUGGGUCUUUCAGCAUGACAAUGAUCCCAAACACACCGCCCGGGCAACGAAGGAGUGGCUUCGUAAGAAGCAUUUCAAGGUCCUGGAGUGGCCUAGCCAGUCUCCAGAUCUCAACCCCAUAGAAAAUCUUUGGAGGGAGUUGAAAGUCCGUGUUGCCCAGUGACAGCCCCAAAACAUCACUGCUCUAGAGGAGAUCUGCAUGGAGGAAUGGGCCAAAAUACCAGCAACAGUGUGUGAAAACCUUGUGAAGACUUACAGAAAACGUUUGACCUGUGUCAUUGCCAACAAAGUGUAUAUAACAAGGUAUUGAGAAACUUUUGUUAUUGACCAAAUACUUAUUUUCCACCAUAAUUUGCAAAUCAAUUCAUAAAAAAUCCUACAAUGUGAUUUUCUGGAUUUUUUUCCUCAUUUUGUUUGUCAUAGUUGACGUGUACCUAUGAUGGAAAUUACAGGCCUCUCUCAUCUUUUUAAGUGGGAGAACUUGUACAAUUGGCGGCUGACUAAAUACUUUUUUCCCCCACUGUAUAUACACUGCUCAAAAAAAUAAAGGGAACACUAAAAUAACACAUCCUAGAUCUGAAUGAAUGAAAUAAUCUUAUUAAAUACUUUUUUCUUUACAUAGUUGAAUGUGCUGACAACAAAAUCACACAACAAUUAUCAAUGGAAAUCAAAUUUAUCAACCCAUGGAGGUCUGGAUUUGGAGUCACCCUCAAAAUUAAAGUGGAAAACCACACUACAGGCUGAUCCAACUUUGAUGUAAUGUCCUUAAACAAGUCAAAAUGAGGCUCAGUAGUGUGUGUGGCCUCCACGUGCCUGUAUGACCUCCCUACAACGCCUGGGCAUGCUCCUGAUGAGGUGGCGGAUGGUCUCCUGAGGGAUCUCCUCCCAGACCUGGACUAAAGCAUUCGCCAACUCCUGGACAGUCUGUGGUGCAACGUGGCGUUGGUGGAUGGAGCGAGACAUGAUGUUCCAGAUGUGCUCAAUUGGAUUCAGGUCUGGGGAACGGGCGGGCCAGUCCAUAGCAUCAAUGCCUUCCUCUUGCAGGAACUGCUGACACACUCCAGCCACAUGAGGUCUAGCAUUGUCUUGCAUUAGGAGGAACCCAGGGUCAACCGCACCAGCAUAUGGUCUCACAAGGGGUCUGAGGAUCUCAUCUCGGUACCUAAUGGCAGUCAGGCUACCUCUGGCGAGCACAUGGAGGGCUGUGCGGCCCCCCAAAGAAAUGCCACCCCACACCAUGACUGACCCACCGCCAAACCGGUCAUGCUGGAGGAUGUUGCAGGCGGCAGAACGUUCUCCACGGCGUCUCCAGACUCUGUCACGUCUGUCACAUGUGCUCAGUGUGAACCUGCUUUCAUCUGUGAAGAGCACAGGGCGCCAGUGGCGAAUUUGCCAAUCUUGGUGUUCUCUGGCAAAUGCCAAACGUCCUGCACGGUGUUGGGCUGUAAGCACAACCCCCACCUGUGGACGUCGGGCCCUCAUACCACCCUCAUGGAGUCUGUUUCUGACCGUUUGAGCAGACACAUGCACAUUUGUGGCCUGCUGGAGGUCAUUUUGCAGGGCUCUGGCAGUGCUCCUCCUGCUCCUCCUUGCACAAAGGCGGAGGUAGCGGUCCUGCUGCUGGGUUGUUGCCCUCCUACGGCCUCCUCCACGUCUCCUGAUGUACUGGCCUGUCUCCUGGUAGCGCCUCCAUGCUCUGGACACUACGCUGACAGACACAGCAAACCUUCUUGCCACAGCUCGCAUUGAUGUGCCAUCCUGGAUGAGCUGCACUACCUGAGCCACUUGUGUGGGUUGUAGACUCCGUCUCAUGCUACCACUAGAGUGAAAGCACCGCCAGCAUUCAAAAGUGACCAAAACAUCAGCCAGGAAGCAUAGGAACUGAGAAGUGGUCUGUGGUCACCACCUGCAAAACCAGUCCUUUAUUGGGGGUGUCUUGCUAAUUGCCUAUAAUUUCCACCUGUUGUCUAUUCCAUUUGCACAACGGCAUGUGAAAUUUAUUGUCAAUCAGUGUUGCUUCCUAAGUGGACAGUUUGAUUUCACAGAAGUGUGAUUGACUUGGAGUUACAUUGUGUUGUUUAUGAAGGUAGAUACUAGAACUAUACAUUACUCUGGUUAUCUCUGAUUCUAUAUAAAAGUUGGUUGUUGCCACAUGCUUUCUUAUAAGCAUUUCUCAUAUCCAUAUUAUAUCCCAACGCACUAAAUAGGCUCACAUUGUAAUUACAUUUUCUAUAAGGUAAUUACAAUGUAAUAAUAAUGCUAUUUUCUGACCGUGAGCGUUUAUUAUUAUCAAGACAUAUGAUGUCAUAUUUUGCAUAGCUGCACUUGUUCAUACAUUUCAUACUAUCUAUGGAAAAUAUGGAGUUAAGGCUCAAGUGGGUGUGAUGUUAUUUUGCAGUAUCAGAUCCUACAUAGUGGCAACCAAAGUGAAGUCUGUGCUGCAGCCUGUGCACCUGGACGUCAGCGAACCCUGGGAGAAGUGGGCGGGCCUUCCACACAGCGCCUGUGAUGUCAUCGUGGCCAUCAACCUGCUUCAGUACAGCUCCUUCAAAACUGUAGAGGUAGGCCUUUACAUGUCAUGUUUACGUAUUAUAUUUGGCUGUGAAGUUUUAUGAAUGCAUGAGUGAAGAUGCGUCAUAGUAACUUAUAGCCUGUGUGAAAUGUCAGUAUAGUAACUUAUAGUCUGUGUGAAGUGUUAAUAUAGUAACUUAUAGUCUGCGUGAAGUGUUAAUAUAGUAACUUAUAGUCUGUGUGAAGUGUUAAUAUAGUAACUUAUAGUCUGUGUGAAGUGUUAAUAUAGUAACUUAUAGUCUGUGUGAAGUGUUAAUAUAGUAACUUAUAGUCUGUAUGAAGUGUUAAUAUAGUAACUUAUAGUCUGUGUGAAGUGUUAAUAUAGUAACUUAUAGUCUGUGUGAAGUGUUAAUAUAGUAACUUAUAGUCUGUGUGAAGUGUCAGUAUAGUAACUUUUAGCCUGUGUGAAGUGUCAGUAUAGUAACGUAUAGUCUGUGUGAAGUGUUAGUAUAGUAACUUAUAGCCUGUGUGAAGUGUCAGUAUAGUAACUUAUAGCCUGUGUGAAGUGUCAAUAUAGUAACUCAUAGCCUGUGUGAAGAGUCAGUAUAGUAACUUAUAGUCUGUGUGAAGUGUUAAUAUAGUAACUUAUAGUCUGUGUGAAGUGUUAAUAUAGUAACUUAUAGUCUGUGUGAAGUGUUAAUAUAGUAACUUAUAGUCUGUGUGAAGUGUUAAUAUAGUAACUUAUAGUCUGUGUGAAGUGUUAAUAUAGUAACUUAUAGUCUGUGUGAAGUGUUAAUAUAGUAACUUAUAGUCUGUGUGAAGUGUUAAUAUAGUAACUUAUAGUCUGUGUGAAGUGUUAAUAUAGUAACUUAUAGUCUGUGUGAAGUGUUAAUAUAGUAACUUAUAGUCUGUGUGAAGUGUUAAUAUAGUAACUUAUAGUCUGUGUGAAGUGUUAAUAUAGUAACUUAUAGUCUGUGUGAAGUGUUAAUAUAGUAACUUAUAGUCUGUGUGAAGUGUUAAUAUAGUAACUUAUAGUCUGUGUGAAGUGUUAAUAUAGUAACUUAUAGUCUGUGUGAAGUGUCAGUAUAGUAACUUUUAGCCUGUGUGAAGUGUCAGUAUAGUAACGUAUAGUCUGUGUGAAGUGUUAGUAUAGUAACUUAUAGCCUGUGUGAAGUGUCAGUAUAGUAACUUAUAGCCUGUGUGAAGUGUCAAUAUAGUAACUCAUAGCCUGUGUGAAGAGUCAGUAUAGUAACUUAUAGUCUGUGUGAAGUGUUAAUAUAGUAACUUAUAGUCUGUGUGAAGUGUUAAUAUAAUAAAUUAGUCUGUGUGAAGUGUUAAUAUAGUAACUUAUAGUCUGUAUGAAGUGUUAUUAUAGUCUGUGUGAAGUGUUAAUAUAGUAACUUAUAGUCUGUGUGAAGUGUUAGUAUAGUAACUUAUAGACUGUGUGAAGUGUCAGUAUAGUAACUUAUAGUCUGUGUGAAGUGUCAGUAUAGUAACUUAUAGCCUGUGUGAAGUGUCAGUAUAGUAACUCAUAGCCUGUGUGAAGUGUCAGUAUAGUAACUUAUAGCCUGUGUGAAGAUGUGUCAAGAUAGUAACUUAUAGCCUGUGUGAAGUGUUAAUAUAGUAACUUAUAGCCUUUGUGAAGUGUCAGUAUAGUAACGUAUAGCCUCUGUGAAGUGUCAGUAUAGUAACUUAUAGCCUGUGUGAAGUGUCAGUAUAGUAACUUAUAGCCUGUGUGAAGUGUCAGUAUAGUAACUCAUAGCCUGUGUGAAGUGUCAAUAUAGUAACUUAUAGCCUGUGUGAAGUGUUAGUAUAGUAACUUAUAGCCUGUGUGAAGUGUCAGUAUAGUAACUUAUAGCCUGUGUGAAGUGUCAGUAUAGUAACUCAUAGCCUGUGUGAAGUGUCAAUAUAGUAACUUAUAGCCUGUGUGAAGUGUCAGUAUAGUAACUCAUAGUCUGUGUGAAGUGUUAAUAUAGUACCUUAUAGUCUGUGUGAAGUGUCAAUAUAGUAACGUAUAGCCUGUGUGAAGUGUUAGUAUAGUAACUUGUAGUCUGUGUGAAGUGUUAGUAUAGUAACUUAUAGUAUAUGUGAAGUGUCAGUAUAGUAACUCAUAGUCUGUGUGAAGUGUUAAUAUACAGUGGGGAAAAAAAGUAUUUAGUCAGCCACCAAUUGUGCAAGUUCUCCCACUUAAAAAGAUGAGAGAGGCCUGUAAUUUUCAUCAUAGGUACACGUCAACUAUGACAAACAAAUUGAGAAAAAAAAUUCCAGAAAAUCACAUUGUAGGAUUUUUUAUGAAUUUAUUUGCAAAUUAUGGUGGAAAAUAAGUAUUUGGUCACCUACAAACAAGCAAGAUUUCUGGCUCUCACUGACCUGUAACUUCUUCUUUAAGAGGCUCCUCUGUCCUCCACUCCUUACCUGUAUUAAUGGCACCUGUUUGAACUUGUUAUCAGUAUAAAAGACACCUGUCCACAACCUCAAACAGUCACACUCCAAACUCCACUAUGGCCAAGACCAAAGAGCUGUCAAAGGACACCAGAAACAAAAUUGUAGACCUGCACCAGGCUGGGAAGAAUUCAUCUGCAAUAGGUAAGCAGCUUGGUUUGAAGAAAUCAACUGUGGGAGCAAUUAUUAGGAAAUGGAAGACAUACAAGACCACUGAUAAUCUCCCUCGAUCUGGGACUCCACGCAAGAUCUCACCCCGUGGGGUCAAAAUGAUCACAAGAACGGUGAGCAAAAAUCCCAGAACCACACGGGGGGACCUAGUGAAUGACCUGCAGAGAGCUGGGACCAAAGUAACAAAGCCUACCAUCAGUAACACACUACGCCGCCAGGGACUCAAAUCCUGCAGUGCGAGACGUGUCCCCCUGCUUAAGCCAGUACAUGUCCAGGCCCAUCUGAAGUUUGCUAGAGUGCAUUUGAAUGAUCCAGAAGAGGAUUGGGAGAAUGUCAUAUGGUCAGAUGAAACCAAAAUAUAACUUUUUGGUAAAAACUCAACUCGUCGUGUUUGGAGGACAAAGAAUGCUGAGUUGCAUCCAAAGAACACCAUACCUACUGUGAAGCAUGGGGGUGGAAACAUCAUGCUUUGGGGCUGUUUUUCUGCAAAGGGACCAGGACGACUGAUCCGUGUAAAGGAAAGAUGAAUGGGGCCAUGUAUCGUGAGAUUUUGAGUGAAAACCUCCUUCCAUCAGCAAGGGCAUUGAAGAUGAAACGUGGCUGGGUCUUUCAGCAUGACAAUGAUCCCAAACACACCGCCCGGGCAACGAAGGAGUGGCUUCGUAAGAAGCAUUUCAAGGUCCUGGACUGGCCUAGCCAGUCUCCAGAUCUCAACCUUAUAGAAAAUCUUUGAAGGGAGUUGAAAGUCCGUGUUGCCCAGCGACAGCCCCAAAACAUCACUGCUCUAGAGGAGAUCUGCAUGGAGGAAUGGGCCAAAAUACCAGCAACAGUGUGUGAAAACCUUGUGAAGACUUACAGAAAACGUUUGACCUGUGUCAUUGCCAACAAAGGGUAUAUAACAAAGUAUUGAGAAACUUUUGUUAUUGACCAAAUACUUAUUUUCCACCAUAAUUUGCAAAUAAAUUCAUUAAAAAUCCUACAAUGUGAUUUUCUGGAUUUUUUUUUCUCAUUUUGUCUGUCAUAGUUGACGUGUACCUAUGAUGAAAAUUACAGGCCUCUCUCAUCUUUUUAAGUGGGAGAACUUGCACAAUUGGUGGCUGACUAAAUACUUUUUUUCCCCACUGUAGUAACUUAUAGUCUGUGUGAAGUGUUAAUAUAGUAACUUAUAGCCUUUGUGAAGUGUCAGUAUAGUAACGUAUAGCCUCUGUGAAGUGUCAGUAUAGUAACUUAUAGCCUGUGUGAAGUGUCAGUAUAGUAACUUAUUGUCUGUGUGAAGUGUCUAUAUAGUAACUUAUAGUCUGUGUGAAGUGUUAAUAUAGUAACUCAUAGCCUGUGUGAAGUGUUAGUAUAGUAACUUAUAGUCUGUGUGAAGUGUCAGUAUAGUAACUCAUAGUCUGUGUGAAGUGUUAAUAUAGUACCUUAUAGUCUGUGUGAAGUGUCAAUAUAGUAACUCAUAGCCUGUUUGAAGUGUUAGUAUAGUAACUUAUAGUAUGUGUGAAGUGUCAAUAUAGUAACUCAUAGCCUGUGUGAAGUGUUAGUAUAGUAACUUAUAGUCUGUGUGAAGUGUUAGUAUAGUAACUUAUAGCCUGUGUGAAGUGUCAAUAUAGUAACUUAUAGUCUUAGUGAAGUGUCAGUAUAGUAACUUAUAACCUGUGUGAAGUGUUAGUAUAGUAACUUAUAGUCUGUGUGAAGUGUUAGUAUAGUAACUUAGUCUGUGUGAAGUGUCAGUAUAGUAACUCAGUCUGUGUGAAGUGUUAAUAUAGUACCUUAUAGUCUGUGUGAAGUGUCAAUAUAGUAACUUAUAGCCUGUGUGAAGUGUUAGUAUAGUAACUUAUAGUCUGUGUGAAGUGUCAAUAUAGUAAUUUAUAGCCUGUGUGAAGUGUUAGUAUAGUAACUUAUGUUAUGUGUGAAGUGUUAGUAUAGUAACGUAUAUCCUGUGUGAAGUGUCAGUAUAGUAACUUAUAGUCUGUGUGAAGUGUCAGUAUAGUAACACAAAGUCUGUGUGAAGUGUCAAUAUAGUAACUUAUAGCCUGUGUGAAGUGUCAGUAUAGUAACUUAUAGCCUGUGUGAAGUGUCAAUAUAGUAACUCAUAGUCUGUGUUAAGUGUUAAUAUAGUACCUUAUAGUCUGUGUGAAGUGUCAAUAUAGUAACUUAUAGCCUGUGUGAAAUGUUAGUAUAGUAACUUAUAGCCUGUGUGAAGUGUCGGUAUAGUAACUUAUAGUCUGUGUUAAGUGUUAAUAUAGUAACUUAUAGCCUGUGUGAAGUGUCAGUAUAGUAACACAAAGUCUGUGUGAAGUGUCAAUAUAGUAACUCAUAGUCUGUGUGAAGUGUUAAUAUAGUAACUCAUAGCCUGUGUGAAGUGUUAGUAUAGUAACUUAUAGUCUGUGUGAAGUGUUACUAUAGUAACUUAUAGUCUGUGUGAAGUGUUAAUAUAGUAACUCAUAGCCUGUGUGAAGUGUUACUAUAGUAACUUAUAGUCUGUGUGAAGUGUUACUAUAGUAACUUAUAGUCUGUGUGAAGUGUUAAUAUAGUAACUCAUAGCCUGUGUGAAGUGUUACUAUAGUAACUUAUAGUCUGUGUGAAGUGUUAAUAUAGUAACUUAGUCUGUGUGAAGUGUCAGUAUAGUAACUCAGUCUGUGUGAAGUGUUAAUAUAGUACCUUAUAGUCUGUGUGAAGUGUCAAUAUAGUAACUUAUAGCCUGUGUGAAGUGUUAGUAUAGUAACUUAUAGUCUGUGUGAAGUGUCAAUAUAGUAAUUUAUAGCCUGUGUGAAGUGUUAGUAUAGUAACUUAUGUUAUGUGUGAAGUGUUAGUAUAGUAACGUAUAUCCUGUGUGAAGUGUCAGUAUAGUAACUUAUAGCCUGUGUGAAGUGUCAGUAUAGUAACUUAUAGUCUGUGUGAAGUGUCAGUAUAGUAACUCAGCCUGUGUGAAGUGUCAAUAUAGUAAUUUAUAGCCUGUGUGAAGUGUUAGUAUAGUAACUUAUAGCCUGUGCGAAGUGUCAAUAUAGUAACUUAUAGCCUGUGUGAAGUGUCAGUAUAGUAACUUAUAGUCUGUGUGAAGUGUUAAUAUAGUAACUUAUAGUAUGUGUGAAGUGUCAAUAUAGUAACUUAUAGUCUGUGUGAAGUGUUAGUAUAAUAAUUUAUAGCCUGUGUGAAGUGUCAGUAUAGUAACUUAUAGCCUGUGUGAAGUGUCAGUAUAGUAACUUAGUCUGUGUGAAGUGUUAGUAUAGUAACUUAUAGUCUGUGUGAAGUGUCAAUAUAGUAACACAUAGUCUGUGUGAAGUGUCAAUAUAGUAACUCAUAGUCUGUGUGAAGUGUUAGUAUAGUAACUUAUAUUCUGUGUGAAAUGUUAGUAUAGUAACGUAUAGUCUUUGUGAAGUGUCAAUAUAGUAACUUAUAGUCUGUGUGAAGUGUUACUAUAAUAACACUUCACACAGGCUUUAAGUUACUAUAAUAACACUUCACACAGGCUAUAAGUUACUAUAUUAACUUAUAGCCUGUGUGAAGUGUCAGUAUAGUAACUCAUAGCCUGUGUGAAGUGUCAGUAUAGUAACUUACAGUCUGUGUGAAGUGUCAGUAUUGUAACUUAUAGUCUGUGUGAAGUGUCAGUAUAGUAACUCAUAGCCUGUGUGAUGUGUCAAUAUAGUAACUUAUAGCCUGUGUGAUGUGUCGGUAUAGUAACUUAGUCAGUGUGAAGUGUUAGUAUAGUAACUUAUAGUCUGUGUGAAGUGUCAGUAUAGUAACUUAUAGCCUGUGUGAUGUGUCAAUAUAGUAACUUAUAGCCUGUGUGAAGUGUCAGUAUAGUAACUUAUAGUCUGUGUGAAGUGUUAGUAUAGUAACUUAUAGUCUGUGUGAAGUGUCAUAUAGUAAACACAUAGUCUGUGUGAAGUGUCAAAUAGUAAUCAUAGUCUGUGUGAAGUGUUAGUAUAGUAAACUUAUAUUCUGUGUGAAAUGUUGUAUAGUAACGUAUAGUCUUGUGUGAAGUGUCAAUAUAGUAACUAUAGUCUGUGUGAAGUGUUACUAUAAUAACACUUCACCAGGCUUUAAGUUACUAUAAGUAACACUUCACACAGGUAUAAGUUACUAUAUUAACUUAUAGCCUGUGUGAAGUGUCAGUAUAGUAACUUAUAGCCUGUGUGAAGUGUUAGUAUAGUAACUUACAGUCUGUGUGAAGUGUUAGUAUAGUAACUCAUAGCCUGUGUGGAGUGUCAAUAUAGUAACUCAUAGCCUGUGUGAAGUGUCAAUAUAGUAACUCAUAGCCUGUGUGAAGUGUCAGUAUAGUAACUUAUAGUCUGUGUGAAGUGUUAGUAUAGUAACUUAUAGUCUGUGUGAAGUGUCAGUAUAGUAACUCAUAGCCUGUGUGAAGGGACAGUAUAGUAACUUAUAGCCUGUGUGAAGUGACAGUCUGUGUUCUGUUUUGAUUCCCAGGGCCUAGUCAAAGGAUCAGGACAGAUCCUCAGACAAAAUGGUCUCUUGAUCACACAUGGGGUAGGUAUCAUGGAUGGGGAGAGAAGGGGGGAGGGGUGGGGGGGGCGAGAAAGAGAGAGAGGGGAGAGAAAGAGAAAGAGAGAGAGGAAAGAGAGAGAGGGGAGAGAGAGAGUGGGAGAGAAAGAGAGAGAGAGGGAGAAAGAGAGGAGAGAAAGAGGGAACAGAGAAAGAGAGAGAGAGGGAAGAGAAAGAGAGGGAAGAGAGAGAGGGGAGAGAAAGAGAGAGGGAAGAGAGAGAGAGAGAGAAAUAAAGAGGACAUUGAUACAUUUGUUUUAAAAGUGUUUUUUAACAUCAGACACCUCUCUCUCUCUCCCCAGCCCUAUGCCAUCAAUGGCACAAUCACCCCCAGCUGUAUGCAGGACUUGGACCAGGAACUACGAGAGAUGUGAGUUAUUACAUCAUAGAGAGACCGCUUACCAAUGUGGCGCUUUUACUCAUGUUACUGAUACCCAUUAGUUCACUCGAGUGUUAUAUCCUUCAAUCCAAACGGGUACACUGUUUUACCAUUUUAAGUUCUGUGCCGUUCCCCUACAGGAACCCAGAGUGGGGUCUACCGGACAUUGACGUUCUGAGACAGCUGGCAUUUGGGAACGGGAUGCGUAUGGAGGAUGGUGAGCCUCUUUACCAGUCUGCUUGUGUCUAUAUAUAAACUAAUGGAUCUUUAAGGGUGGACUAUACUGGAGACAGAAUAUGUAACAUGGAAGGUAUGUCUGCUGCUAGCUCAGUCCUUCUAAAAGGAUGUUUAGGAUCAAGUCUUCAUUUGUUUUCCAGAUAGAGAUGGAGCAGUACAAUAAAUGUCUGGUCUUCAGGAAACUUUGA